AUGUUUUCAUCUUCAAACCAAACAAAAGACAACAACAAUAUCGAUAUCACUGCCACUACAAAUACUGGUUCCAACACUACUGACAAGACUAAUAAGACAGAUUAUUCCGGCUUCCACACAACAAAUUCUUCACUUUCAACUAAUUCGGUGUUUACAGACUUUAGAUUCGGAUCAACAACAACAACAACAACAACCUCGCCAACAAAUACAAUAACAAAUACAAUGCUACCACCUCCAGCUUCUACAGGCACUGCAGGAUAUUCAUACCUGCCAAGCACCAAUGCUUCAGGCGGUGCUUCGGGUCAAAAUCAAAAUCAAAAUCAGUCAGCUAGUCCUGCUGUAGGGAAUGCUUCCACUCAAUCAACACCUAUAUCGGGUACAGGAGCUUCUGCUAAUCCACCUCCAACUAAUCCACAAUUGACUGCUAAGUUCAGUCCACAUGAUGUUCAAGUUUUACGACAAUUAUUGGUUGCUGGAGAAAAACAUAAAUGGAAACAAAUAACUAAAGAAAUCAAUCAAACUUCGAAUAACAAUUCCCAUGUCUCAGCAGCUGCCGCUGCAGGAGGCCAAUAUGGUUAUCAACAAGGUCAAGGAGCUACUCCAAGAAGCGCUAGUAUUGCUGGUCAACAACCUGCUCCCAAAAAUAUUUCUCCUACAUUCGUUAUGAAACAAUAUCAAAGUUUAUUAGGUUUACCUAAUAAUGCUCUUUAUUUUGGAAGUUUGGGUUCUUCAUUGCCAUAUGUUGUUGCACCAAAUGGAUGGGAUGAUAUUGGUGAACAACAUUAUCAACAUCAUUUUGGUGAUGAUAUUGAAUAA